ACAUGGAGCAGUUUUAGUUAAAUGCGAUAUUUUUAUCAUUUGUGUGUCGGAGCGAGGAUCUGAGUGACGCGUGCGCAGUGUUGGACAAUAAUGUUUAUAUUGUAAACAAUGCAGUGGUUGUGUUCUUACCUUUAAUACGGAUUUUCAUAUCAAACUAGGUACCAGGACUUCAUAAUGUACAAGUGCUUUCUGGAGAUCGGCUUUGAGGCCGAGCUGUCGACACAUGAGGACCCUGAACUGUUGGAGUUAGCCCAUGAGAUGUGCAACGAGGACGUCGCUACCAGGCACAUAGCCUGCGCUGAACUACGGGACAUGAUAUACGAGCGUGGAGAGUGCAACCCUUACCGUAUGGACGACGUAUUCCUUCUAAGAUUCCUCCGAGCUCGUGACUUCAUUGUACCAAAGGCACACAGAUUGCUAGUCCGAUGGUGUAACUUCAGAAUACAAUACCCAUAUCUCUACGAAGGCGUCGAUCUAUGGGCGUUAGUUAAAAUAAAAGAUGCAUACGAAGGCACACUCCUUGACAGGCCAGACAUUGGAAGAUUGUCCAUAUUUAGAUUUGGAACGUGGGACACGAGCGAGUUUCCCGUGGAAGACCUGGUGAAAGCCGGGGUACUCAUGUUCGACAUCGGCAUCCGUCAGCCGAAGCUGCAAGUAUUGGGGGGGACCCUCAUUGUGGACCUGGAAGGCAUCACUCUUCGGCACGUCGCUACCCUGACGCCUACUAUUGCUUAUCAGAUCGUCAGCUUGUUGGGGGUAACAACACCGGCUCGACUGAAGAGUUGCCAUAUCAUCAACUAUUCCUGGAUCCUGAACACAUUCUUCUACCUCUUCAAACGGUUCAUACCAAGGGAAUUCUACGAUAAAAUAUUUUUCCACGGUUACGACCUCAAAUCUUUACAAAAACACAUAGAUUUAGAAUGUCUCCCUCCGCGGUACGGGGGCACAUGCAACUCACACGCACCCUUUGGCUUGUGGUUACAGAAAAUAAAGAAGUACAGAACAGCUGAGUUUGAUAAAGAAAUGAAAGCGCUAGGGUAUUUAGUCAAAGAGUGAAAUAACUAUUGAUUUAUAAUGGUAAGUAUAUCUGUAAUUUGUAGGAAUAAAGUGGUUGUUUUUGAUAAGGCUAGGUGAUCGAUGGAAUUGUGAUAAUGCCAAGUCCACUUUUGUAUGCUUAACUCCUGCCGUCGAGAGGAUGCGCAUUUGACAGCUGGUAAUAGAAUAUUCGGAAUAUCUUUGAAACGGCGAACACAUUACGAUGAAAAUAUUUUGACUUUAAAUCCGCACUAAAUAAUACGAAAAAUGGUAUAAUAACGUCAAUUUACGAUAAAUAUACACAUUUACUAUAAAUAGUAAAAAAAAAUUAGUUAAUAAUUAAGAUAACACAAUGUUUCCGUAAACGUACUGCGCCAUUCCAAAGUUAAAUCAAGAGCCUAUUUUGAUAGUGAUGUGCUAAAAAAAUUAAAUUUAAAUUUAUUAUUUAGUUAUUUUAUUUACAAUUUUUAAAGCAUCAUGUCAGGUAAAGUUACAAUUGCCUAAUAUUUUCUAAGUCAGUUUUUUUCUAAUACUAAAGUUGAAAUUCCAGUAUACAGUAUUGUAAUUGCGUCUCGCUCGCACAGAGACUCUGCGCUAACGAUAUCUUAACGAUAUUUUUUUGUGUCGAUUACAGUAACAGUGUUACUUAAUACCUAUCCCUAAUUUUGUCAAUCUGUUAAAUGUCAAAUGCGCAUUCUCUCGACGGCAGGAUUUCAAUGAGAUACCUCAUUGAUAGGGUGGUAGUAACAUCGCCACAAAAACUUUGAUGGGUGAUUCAGACCAUGAUUCUGAGUUGAUAUCAAACAGAAUUUUCCGUCGCAAAAAUAUGGAACUUAAAAUAAUCAAAAAUACUUACACUAUGAUUUUCAUGAAUUUUCCAAGAGGCAAUUCCACUUGGUAUCUACUUAGAAUCUACAUCAUCUGAAUCCACUUGUAAUCAUGGUCUGAAUCAUCCUCCUCACUAAUCGUUACGGUGUCACUAGCACCCAUACUUGUAUGACUACCUGCACGUACUUAUAUAGGGUGUAUGUAUAGGUGACAUCGUAACGAAUACUAAGAGGCAUGAUUUAACUUAUUAUUAUGAGUUAACUAGCUUUUGCCCGCGACUUCGUCUGCGUGGCGUGUAUCUAUAUUACGCGGUUUAGAUGUUUUUUUCCCACUAACUCCCGUUCCCGCGGGAGUUUUGCAAUAUCCUGUUGUAAUUAAGCUUUAAGUUUACUAAGGUACCUGCAUGCCAAAUUUCAAGCGUCUAACUUAAGCGGUUUAGAUUUUUCAUACAAAAGGAUUGUCCCGCUAAUUCCCGUUCCCGUGGGAAUUUCGGGAAUUCCUUUCUUAGUGCACCUCUACGGUACCUAAGCUACGUCCAUUCCAAAUUUCAAGUGUCUACGUUUAGCCGUUUAGGCUGUGCGUUGAUAUGUCAGUCAGUCAGUUUCUCCUUUUAUAUAUUUAGAUAUCACGUGGAAUUUUCCAUUAAAAUAGUGUGAAAAAUAAACACAAAAAUAUCCUGAUGAA